AUGUUAAUUAAUGUGGACGGUUCAGCUUCUGGCAACCCGGGGCCGUCUGGGGGUGGCGGUUUUUGCAGAAAUUCCUCCGGUAAUUUAAUUUUUGCCUUCUAUUCAGGAUAUGGGGAUGACACCAACAAGAGGGCUGAACUCCGUGUGUUGCACGAUGCUAUGGAGAUCAAUGUUUCUUUUGGUUUUAAUCAGGUGGAGUUGGAGUCAAAUUCCCAAUUUGUGGUGGAUGCCUUCAGGGGUAAGUCAACUCUUGCUUGGAAGUGGAGAUAUUGGCUGUCAAGGAUCGAGGGCAUUAAGAAGAAGGGUAUUUUUUCCAUAUCCCUCAUCCCAAGAGAAGGGAACGGGUUGGCCGACGGACUCGCAAGAGAAGGCGUGGCUUGUCAAGGAAACGUUUUGUUCAAAAAUGAGAAAGACCUUCCAAUCUGUACUAGGGAUUUGUAUCUGCUAGAUAAGGUGGGCUUAGGAGCGAUUAGAGAAUCUUGA